AUGUCGGCGUCCGGCACCAUGGAAACACGUAUGGCCGAUUUUGAUCGGAGUGGCCCAGAGUCUGACAUCAAGGAUCGAUUUUACAGAUACUUUCAGGAUGCAUGCACAGAAAUCCAAGAACGGAUCAGCCAGCUCGAAUCCUAUUCCCUGAUUGGUGGCGAGAGGAAAGAUGCUGUAGACCACCUUGUUGCUGGAAUCUCAAAGCUAUCCACUGAGGUCGCGGAUCUCACGGGGUUCAUUCCUGCUUACGAUCAGCGGAUCUAUUCACAGGCCAUCAAAGCCCUAUCCGAGAAGCUGCAGGAGACUCAGGCCAAGUUUGACCCGAAGCCAAAGUUUCAAUUCAAAACGUUCCAUAGGAAUGAGUCCGCCAUAUCUAUUGGCGAUGCAGCAGAGCUUGCUGCACAGAGGCGCCGUGGAAUCAAGUGCCCGCCUUCCAACGAGUCCUCCGUAGUUCCCUCACCAGCAUAUGUCCAGACACCUCCAGGCGAACCUAGUUCUAAAGAUACUCUCGGCGAUGUUCCAUCGUUUCCAAAGAAUUAUAACGAGGAAUUGGCCAAAUCCACUGGUGGUCCAAUCCGCCAACCAAGUUUUUCAAAUGCGCCGAAUGUCAAUAUAUCGGGUCAUGAAGGACUUCAUAUUAUCCUCCCACCUUCCGCCGAGCAUGCAACUGCUUCGGGAUCAUUGACAAAACUUAAUAGGUGUAUUGUGGAUAUGUCCACACCCACCGCAAAUGGAGGUCCGUUCGCAGGCCUUGCUUUGAAGAAUAUCAAGAACUCACUGAUCAUUGCCGGUCAUGUGGCCGGAGCUGCCCACAUCACCGGGGUCCACGAUAGUAUUAUUGUUGUCCAGUCAAGGCAGGUCAGGAUGCAUGAUUGCAAGAAUGUGGACAUCUACCUCCAUUGUUCCAGCCGACCUAUUAUUGAAGGCUGCAGCAAUAUCCGAUUCGCACCUAUUCCAGAAUGUCAUAAGAGUACCUCAUCUGACUCUAUUAAAAAUCAAUGGGAUCAGGUCGACGAUUUCAAGUGGCUGAAAGAAGAACACAGUCCAAAUUGGAGCAUUCUGCCCGAAGGACAGAGGGUCAAGGAAGAAAUCUGGACUACAGUUGUCCCUGGUGGCCCUGGCGUCGGUCUAGAUGAUAUUAUGAAAAAGAUUGGGAUCGUCGGCCACUGA